AUGGCGCUGUCGUCGCAGGCCUUCAGUGGCUCAGGCGAAGGCAGUAGAGCAAUGUCGUCGCUGACCCAGUGGAAGGAAAGACAACAGCAGUGCGCCGAGCAGGUGGAUCUACAAUCGCUGCUGACCAACAUUCGCACUUCACUGCGCUCGCAAGGCCUUGUAGCAUGGGUAAACGUGAGUUUGGCGCUGGAGAAAGCACAAAGUGAGAACGGCGGACUCACCAAUAGUGUCCUCAAGCGUUUGCUGACUGAUUUUCGCGUGUCGAUCACAGACGUGGAUGUUUGGGCUUUAGUUCAGCGGGUCAACCAAAGCGCUGAAGAGGACGGCAGAGUGACAGCCGAUGCCAUAAGAAAUCUCAUCUUCGGGGCGUUGUCUGGAAGAAAACUAGAAUUCGUGCAAUCUGCGUUCGACGCACUGGAUCGCAAGGGUGUCGGAUACCUAUCACUUCAAGACGUGUUAGCAGCACAUGAUGCCGCACGGCAUCCGGCUGUUAUGUUUGGUGAACAGACAACUGAGCAAGCGGCUCGAGAAUUUCAGACAGCCUUCAUGACUGCUGCACGUCGGACGGGAACCGCUUUCGUAAGCUGGGCUCAGUGGCUCACGUACUUCCAGUGUGUGGCUGCACAAUCCCCCAGUGACGAGUACUUUGAAUUACUCAUGAAGCGCGUAUGGCGUGCGGACCUGCGGCGCUCACUUCAAGAAGCUGCUGGGGUAGCAGAUCUUAACACUCGAAUGGAUUCGAUCCCGCCGCCGACUCCAGCGUCAGUAGCCCCGGUCUCACUCUACCAGGCUCUUCAACAGAAUCAAAGCACCAGCAACAAAGCGAAAAUGGUUCUCUCCGUUUCCACUACAGCUUCUCCAAGAGAACAACACCGCUCCAAUAGUUUGAUACUAUCGCCAAUGGAUCCCGAUGCCUCACCUCGCGGAACGGUUGUGCACACUACCAACGAGUUUCUGAAAGGUUCUCAAUUUGCUGCUUGCCUCACUGAAGUGACGUCACCUACAUCGUCAAGUACUCACUCGGGGACUGGACCAUCCAUUGAAACACUUGAUCCUGGAGCGGCUUCGGUACUGCGUAAAGUGCAGUCUGGUCUUCGAUCUCGAGGAAUCCAGGCUCUUGUAGAGCUUGGACGCUGUCUACGCCUCAGUGAUACAGACGGCGAUGGAAAACUGACACUUGGCGAGUUCCGUCGUGCUCUUCAGACCUCACACGACGCUACAAUUGCAACGUCUCCUAACAAUCUGCCACUUAGUGACGCCGAUCUGCGUGGGCUUUUCCGACAUCUAGAUGUCGAUCGAAUGGGGAUUGUUCCGCUUGAGGCUGCGUUAGAUUUGGUACGCGGAACCAUGAGCAAUCGUCGCCUACGUCAUGUUCAUGCAGCUUACCAGGCCUUAGCCCGAGAGACCGGAACUGCCUUCCUAGACGCCUGCGAUGCCGUUCAACGGUAUGAUGCCAGUCGCCACCCAGACGUCAUUGCACAGCGCAAAAGCGAGGAGCAGUGUUUUCGCGAGUUCGUCGAGAACUUUGACAUGGACGAGAACAGCGGCGAAGGCGCUGGUAAGAUUCUACCUCGACAAUGGGAAGCGUACUACCACAACGUGAGUUUCCUUGUCCCUGACGACGAUCUAUUCGAGCUCAUCAUACGUAAUACGUGGCAACUACCCUCCAUUGGUAGUUCAACUCACAAGAACCGAGCACCCCCAGCAGUUCACACCGAAAGUCCGAUAGGAGGUACUUUUGCUGGAAACUCAGUGCGUCACCCGACUUUGACGAACGUCAACGGUGAAGUCGCGUGGCGUGGGAAGCGCAGCUCGGGCACUGGAAUGGCAAGUCAACAGGCCUUUGCCAUUCUUCAGCCAGACGUGGUAGACCGUUUGCCAGCAUCCGGUGUUGUUAGCCCUUCAAGUGCCAUGAACUUGGCACCUCCCGGAUCUCCUGGUGCAGCCAGUAAACAGUCCAAGGAACUUCGUCGCAUGAUUCAUUCUCUCCGUUGUGAGCUGAAAGAACGAGGUCUUGGAGGGUUUAUUACGCUGCAGCAGCAGCUUCGACGUGCAGCUGGGCGGUCAGAUGAAGACUACGUCGACGAACUCAACGAUGGCAGCGUCGGGUUUCACGAAUUUGUUCGCGCACUUAAAAGCAGUGGAGUGCAUGUCACCGGACGUGACGCACAGAGUCUGUUCUACCAUUUCGACAGUAACCACGACGGGACUAUGAGCGUAACGGAGUUCCUCACUGGUGUACGAGAACCCAUGAAUCCUCAACGCCAACUUGUGGUGCGUAUGGCAUUCGACGCACUCGAUCGCUUGGGUAGUGGUGAGCUUGAUGCUGCAGCUAUCGCUGAUACGUUUGAUGCCAGACGGCUACCCGAAGUCACGUCAGGUAGAAAGACUGAAUGUGAGGCACACGCAGAGUUCCUUGAUACGUUUGGUCUCCUUACUGAACGUCAACGUCAACGGCGCGUCAACUUUGAUGUUUGGGAGCGUUAUUAUGCUAAUGCAAGCGCUGCGAUCGACGAAGACGAGCAGUUUGAGCAAAUGCUUCGUAAUGCCUGGCACUUGGGACCUAGUCACGGUGGACGGGUAGCAGCCAGAGUUGUGGCAGUUGAAAAGCCUCGAGGUAUUCAUCGACAAGACCCUGGACGCUCCAGUGUACACGAGAUUCUGGAUCAUACAGCUGCGUAUACCAGCUCAACUUCAUCUGGUUCUAGUUCCAGUCCGAGUAUGACACUCCGACGAGCGAAGAACAAUGUGAGCAGCUCAAUCGCUGCUUGUCUGGGUACAGUUCCGUCAACACAGCCAUCGAUCGAGACCUCAGGUUUGACAUCACCUGGUAGACGUGAAUUUCAUCUCCACCCUGCCGGGGUGCAAGCCAUACUAUCCAGACUCAAACAAGUGCUGCAAGCUCAGGGAACGUCAGGCUUCUGCACUCUGAAUCGACGUCUUCGAGCCGUUCGAGGCAAUGCCAUGAACCUGCAGGACCUCCGUACUACGGCUGCCGACUGCGAGUUGACUCUACCGGGAGGUCUCACUGAUGCCGAUCUGCGUCUGUUGUUCCAGUAUUUGGAUAGCGACGGCGACGGACGAAUCGCACCCGAUGAAUUGAUCAACAUCGUGCGACCAGCGCUUACAGGACGUCGACUCGAGUGUGUUCGUGAGGCAUUCGCGAAAUUGGCGAAAAUAAGAAACAUUCGCGACGUGGAAAAAGCUUCGUUGGAGCCUAGCGACGUUGUGGAACAGUUCGAUACAAGUGCACAUCCCGAUGUAGUGGCAGGAAGACGAGGAGUUGAUCUCGUGUGUCGGGAGUUCCUGGAGUCAUUCGACGUUGAUGGUAGCGCUCAGGACGGCAAGGUGACGUGGGAACAAUGGCGAGGAUAUUACCACAAUGUAAGCGCUAGUAUCGCCUCAGACAGGGCCUUUGAAGAGAUGGUAUGCAGCGUAUGGCAUCUCGAUGGCAGCAACAUCAAGGUGGAUGUCGACACGGAACCAGCAGCUCCACCCCAGCAACAAGAUAACCAACGCAGCCGAGGAAAUGGCACAGCUUCGUCCUGGAAUUUUACGCAGCCUGUAGCGGCAGGGAUUCGAACCACCUCCACACCAACGGAGACUCCCGUGCAGCUAAUUAAAGAGAGGAAGACACUAUCGUUGAAAGAUGUUGCAGCCGGCACUUCGAUGACAAGUGAUGCCAAUCGGUCGACAACUAGAGGACCCCCUUUGGGUGUCGAAACUUCACCAACGUACGCUGGGGACUCCAUUCUUCACGCGAUCCGGUACCGUAUCCGCCAGAGCAACUCACUGGCCGACGUCGUACAGCUUCGCACUCGACUUAGCCAAUCGACUGACCCUCGAACGGGUAUCAUCACAAGUAUUCGCUGCUGUGAAGCUUUAAACGCUGCUCUAGGGCUCACUCUGGGCGAGUCUCAAGGCCACGCCCUGUUCGAGUACCUCUCCAAUUUCUCUCAGUCUAGCGGAAACGACAGCGCUGGUGGACGCUUCUUCCAGCAACACCGAGUCAACGGCCUCCCGUUACGAUUGGUACUCGACUUUCUGCUUGAGCGACUGAGUCCCGCGUGUCUUGCCAGUGCCAGGAAGGUGUUUACGGCACUGCAGUCGACGGGCAAUGAUCGCGUGUUCCCUGCAGCUCUAGCGACGAGUUUCCAGGCUGCGAAACACCCGGACGUCGUGCUGGGUCGCAGUUCGGCAGCGCAGGUUUUCCAGGACUUUGCGCUUAACUUUGAGGUGGCAGGAGGGGAUGGGGUUGUGACGUUCCAACACUUUGAGGCCUACUGCGUGAACCUGCGGGCUACACUCGGCAGCGAUGAGCUACUGCAGCUGGUACUACGCGACUGCUUCAGUAGUUAGUCUAGUCUACCUGUAGUCUGCCUGUUAGACGCAAGACACGCAACAGGCCUGACUUUUCCAAGCCAUUUCGGCAAUCGAACAGUUGAAGUUUCCUCCUGUUCCAGAGUGUUUCAUUGAUACCCACUGAAACCUCUUACAUUGUAAUACCUGAUUUAUCACAUAGGAUCAUCUUUGAAACUUUACUAUCAAAUGAAUCUGUUGUUUAGUACCCCGU